UAUGACUAUAUGAGUCAGAAAUUGUAGAAAUUUCGAAUAAUAAUUAAAACACAAAACCUGUCCAAAGGGAUGUUUCGUGUUUAUAUCUACCAUGACAGACAACAUUAGUUUGGUUCUGAUGGCACCGAAUCGGCGACGUCGCCUCACUACAUUACCAACGUCACUGGCAACGUUGAAGUGCAUGUGUCGGGUGGAUACCUGCUAUUGAUAUAUCCAGUAGCUGAGAUAUAUUCCAUUCCAAUAUACGUGUAGGCGUCACCAAUUAUUCUCUUAAUGGCAGUCUGCAAUGAUGGUAUGUGUUGUCCUGUUAAAGCGACACAUGCGUUCACUACACGCACGUUUUUUCUGUUGACUGCCAUAGCCAUAACCGACACCUUGACAGGUGUGUUUCCAUGUCCGAUUAUGGCGUAUUUCUUUGUAACAGAAAAGCUCAAAGACUACGCGCAGAACGGUUGGUGUUUUGCGUACGACUACCUGACAGAGUACAUUCCUAUUAUAUUCCACACAGCAUCUGUAUGGCUGACCAUGGCUCUGGCAGUUCAGAGGUACAUCUGCGUCUGUUAUCCCUUCAAACCGCGGAACUGUCAUCAUCUACGUGAUGGCGGGUCUCAGUCACACAUGCAGUUUCUUCGAAAAGGAUUUCAGUCCUGUUGUUUUGCCGUCGUUGCUGAACGAGAACCAAACUAUCACAGCCUGUUUCAUAAUUUGGACACUUGGCUGGGAGAUUUCGCUCAUGUUUCACUUUACUAUAAUAUAUACUUCGCGUUUCGAGUGCUCUUCAUACACAUCAUCCCGUGUGUUUCCUUAAUUGUACUGAACGCACUGCUCCUCUACAAUAUGAGGCACUCGUCGAAGAGGGGGACGCAGUAUCUGCGACAGAACAAGACGUCAGAAUGCCAGAAAUUGAAAGAUAGCAACCGCACCACCCUGAUGCUCGUGUCAGUAGUGGGGAUUUUUAUGUUGGUUGAAUUGCCGGGCGCAAUAUUGAUGGUUAUAUGGAUGGUUAACAACACACUUGGUAUUAGAGUUAUUGAGCAGCUGACCUUGCAAAUAGCAGAUAUCUUUAUAAGGUUAUCUGUUUUUAUGACCUGCCCGCUAAACAUUGUAAUCUAUUGUGGAAUGAGUAGGACAUUUCGCCAGACAUUCAAGAGUUUGUUCACGGGUCGUACUUACUAGUAGUGUUCGGUAUUCAGUCUGAAAAUAGUUCUCGAAUAUUCGAUGGAAAUUAUGAGCGAAUAUUUGAAUACUAAAUAAACAAUAUAUAUAUA